AAUAUUAAUUAAAAAAACCUGCCUUUAGUAAAAAAAAGCAAAACCCUGCCCUUAGCCCGUUACUACUUGAACGAGAUUUGCCCUCUCCCAUAUCACUCCCGCCGUCGCUGCUCCGACGCACCCAAUCGGACCCUAACCGCACCACCACACUCACGGUUACCUCUACCACAAUCGCCGUCGCACUUCCAACUCGUUUGUUCACCUUAACAGUUAAUACCAACUCUCUCGACUGUUUCAACUCCGUUGCUUUCACCAUCUCGUCAAAUUAUAAAACAAUUUAUGGCUGACAAAAUGCAAGUGGUAGAACCUGGAAGAGGCCUGGGAAAGAGGAAUAUUGGUAAGAAGCAAGGCCGUAAAAAGUCAAGUAAGAAACAAAAAGUGAUGCAGCCACCACACGGUCAGAAGAAAGUUAAAAUUAACCAAAAAAUGAAGAAACUUUACCACAAGAGAGCACGAGAGUAUAAUUCUGAUGAUGAUGAAGAUGAGACCGUUGCCCCUGCUACUAGGAGGCCUAGAGGUGUAGUACCUAUUAAAAAACAAAAGCGUGAGGAGGAUGACAUAGAAAAUGAAGAGCUGUCUGAAGAUGAAGGAGGACAAAGAAUGCAGAAGAAGAAUGUUACCGAUAAGAAAGUUCAUUUCUCCGAGGAUGAAGAAGAAGAAGAAGAAGAAGGUGAAAUUCAGCCAGGAAUCACUAAAUUCACUGAAGGAUGUAAAGCAUUCAAGAUGUCCUUCAGGAGUAUUAUAAAGAAGAGUGUUUCAGAUGAAUUGUUGGGUCCAGUACUGUCAGCACACAAGAAUCUUGUUAUAGAAAAGCUUGCGGAAGAGGAGACAGAGCGCAAGGUCAAGGGAGAGGCAAAAAAGGAAAAGCUACUGUUAGCAGAAAAGGGACAUGUCAUUCCCGAAAAGUUUCUGAACUCUCAUGAAAAGUUUCUAAUAAGUGUAGCUACAAAAGGAGUGGUCAAGUUGUUCAAUGCUGUCAACAAGGCACAAGUUGCUCAGAAAGGACUGGACCCCUCAAAGAAUAGGGAUGCUAAAGAGUUAAGAAAGCGCACAAAAGAAGCCUUCUUUUCAGAGUUAGGGAAGCCAGCAAGUCGCACCUCUGUUAAGGCCAAUGCAAGCACAAGCAAGGAAGAAGAUGAACAACCUGCUUGGGCUCCAUUACGUGAUAAUUAUAUGCUGACAAGUUCAAGAAUAAAGGACUGGGACAAAAAAAUGCCAGGUAAAAAUGUAUCAGAUGACAAUGAAAAGGCCUCUGAAGAUAGCAGUUCUGAUGAAGAUUAAGGUUUUAAAACUUGAGAAAGCAGCUUUGGGGCAUUUCUUGUGGGACAAUCAGUCAGAUUUUGAAUAUUGUGUUUCAUUUCGGUUCAUUCGAUUAGGAAAGAAUGGACUACCAAUAUUGCUGGCUGAUUGUGUACUUUGGCACAAGUAACCAAUUUUGGAUGUGUUCACAGAACCAAAUUUACGGAACAUGAUGAAUGGUUUUUCUUUAUAUUUAUUUAUUAUCUAACUGUAUUAGGAAAAUAUGCUAUGUAGUAAUAGAUUAUUUUUAAUGGUUUUACUACCAAAAAAAAAAUCAUCCAACUUAAUGGUUUAUCUCAUGGCAUAUGGGUACAAAAUUCAGAUGUUUAUCUCAGAUGCCACUUUCUAUUUA